GCUCUGGGGGUGGGGGGGCGAGUCGGCGGCCCUGCGGCCCCGGCCCCCGGGAGGUGGCCCGGCUGGGGCGACGUGGCGGCCCGCAGCAGAGCCGAUGAGCAGCUCGGUGGCGGGGCCCGACUGCUGCGGAGGCCUCGGCAAUGUUGACUUUAGGCAGGCAGACCUCUGCGUUAUGACCUGGCUGCUGGGCUACGUGGACCCCUCGGAUCCCUGCUUUGUGGCUGCCAUCCUUACCAUCGCUUUCAAUCCACUCUUCUGGAAUGUGGUUGCAAGAUGGGAACAGAAAACUCGCAAGCUGAGCAAGGCCUUCCGAUCCCCCUACCUGGCCUGCUACUCCUUGGGCGCUGCCAUUUUGCUACUGAACAUCUUGCGCUCACACUGCUUCACGCAGGCCAUGCUGAGCCAGCCCAAGAUGGAGAGCCUGGAUAACCCUAUGGCCUACCGCGUGGGUCUCGCGCUCCUGGGAGUGGGCAGCACGUUUGUGCUCUCCAGCUUCUUUGCCCUCGGCUUCACCGGGACCUUCCUAGGCGAUUACUUCGGCAUCCUCAAGGAGGCCAGAGUGACCACGUUCCCGUUCAACAUCCUGGACAACCCCAUGUACUGGGGCAGCACGGCCAAUUACCUGGGCUGGGCUGUCAUGCACGCCAGCCCCACCGGCCUGCUGCUGACCGUGGUUGUGGCCCUCAUCUACAGGGUUGCCAUCCUGUAUGAGGAGCCCUUCACCGCGCAGAUCUACCAGCAGAAAGCCUCUUCUUCCCACAAGAGGAGCUGACCGCCUGGGGCCACCCCUCUCAGAGUGGGCCUCCACCAGCCCCGAGGUCCAGGCCCUGCAGCGCAGAGAAGGGUGCCCGGCCACCGCUCAGGGUUCGUGCCCAGCGAGGGCCACUCCAGUGCCUUGGAAACCUCUGCCUUGGGGGCCCUGGACAUGCUGUCGUCUGGCCACUGAGCCCCCCUGUCUGCUGCCCCCAGCACGUCCCAACUCACCAAUAAAGGCACCUCGAUGCCAGC